AUGGUUCCAUAUUUUGCAAACUUAUGGACUAUAUAUGUCGCAGACAACACAAUAGUCCAGAACCAUCCCAUCACAAACCUGAUGGAGAAUGCCAGGGUCCAGUUCCACGAGGCUCUUGAUAAGCAGUCCCGCACAUAUUCAACUGCAUGCGAGGAGUAUCGGCAUCGCUACAAGAUUGAGCCCCCACAGGGAUUUGAAGACUGGUAUAAAUUUGCAUCUGCCCACCAAUCGCCAAUAAUUGAUGAUUUCGACGCAAUAUACAACAGCAUACGGCCCUUGUUGAGUUUGAGCGGCAGAGAGGUCAAUGAGAACCUUAAUAAUGCGCGCGACCUGCCUGGAAACGAGCUUUGGUCUUGUACGUUCUUUGGCAGCCUGCUCACGACAAAAUGCUCGCAUGAUAGUCGCGUGUUUGAUCGGCAUAUCCAGCAUUCAUUUGACAGCUUACUCGAAACUAUACCCGCAACUCUCCCUGACGUUACGUUUCUGGUCAAUCAUCUGGAUGAACCAAGGAUGAUACUACCGCCACCGAUCAACUCCCACAACGAUUUGAACAUAAAGGACCAAGCUAGGCAAGUAACAUGGCAUACUGUAACGGAUUCUUGCGCCUACCAAAUUGGUAAGACCAAGACCAGAAAACCGAAUGCAGUCGAACACCCUGAACUGCCGUUUGUCAUUGAUUCUGCACUGGACCAAGAUUUAUGCCUACAUCCUGAAUACAGCACAAUGCACGGGAUGUUCCUCAGUCCAACGUCCUUCCGUCCAAUAGAAGGCCUGGUCCCAGUCCUUUCCCCCGGUUCUCCAUCGACCAUGGGCGAUAUCCUAUACCCGAGUCCUGCAUACAUGGAACCGGAAUUCGAGUACAACGCUAGCAAGGACAUUGAUUGGGAAAAGAAGCAGAACAAGCUUUACUGGGCUGGUUCUACAACUGGUGGCUUCGCCUUGAAUGAUGACUGGCGGCAGUUCCAUCGACAAAGAUUUGUCGGCCUAGUGCAAAACCGAGAGCGACGACGUUUUCCCUACUUAUAUCAAAACAAAGACGGGUCGAUUAAUCUUUCGAAGUCAACAUUCCUCAACAGCAGGCUGUUUGACGUUGCAUUUACUCGAAUAUGUCAAUGUGAAACCAAGUACUGCCGCGAUCAAAGGCGCUACUUCCACACACACUCCUGGGCAGACAAAGACAGAGGCCUUCAAUCACGGUUGGUGUUCGACUUGGACGGGAACGGCAUCAGUGGACGAUUUUACAGUUUGUUGGCCUCGAAAUCAGCUCCUCUGAAGCAGACUCUAUUUCGAGAGUGGCACGAUGACCGCCUCAAGCCAUGGGUGCACUAUAUACCGGUCAGCCAAAGCAUGGACGAGCUUCCUGAGAUGGUACGGUACUUUGCAUCUCGAGCCGGUCAAAAGAAAGCUAGAGAGAUUGCUGACAAUGGCCGUGAUUGGUUUUCCAAGUCGUUCCGACCAGUGGACUUGACUAUAUAUCUGUAUCGGUUGUUAUUAGAGAUUGCCAGAUUGCAGGAUGUUGAUCGGCCUGCCCUACAAUUGGUGGAAGAAACACUGUGA